GGUGUGUCGGUAGGCGUGGUGGGUAUCAGUUGGAGAUUUGGCCUUACGCAACAAUUAUAUAAUUAAAUAAAUAAAUAACAACCUUAGUUGAGGCAAAUUGAUACAAGAAUCGAUUAAAAUGAGGGCUAUCACUUUGUUCUUGGUCUUUGCAUUAUGUGGUAUAUCACAAUCGUACGUGGCUCCGCAGGAGAAAAUAAACCUGAGAAGAAUCGGUGUCCAGGGUGCUCCGAUCCAAAAAGGACAACCGAGACCAGGCGUCGAAAAUGGCCCCGCUGUAAUUCGAGGGUCCGGAAUUGUCGAAUUUCUUAGAGACGUGGGUCACGACAUUCUCGAUUAUGGAAAUGUCUAUUUGGGUGAACUCUUCCAGGCAGCGUCAGUCGGGGCGCUGGUGGAUGUCAAUGACCCCGAAGCUGUCGCAGAGGCGACGCAUUAUAUUUCCAACCAUACCAAACUAAUUUUGCAAGCGAACCGGAUCCCACUAACGUUCGGGGGCGACCACGCCAUGGCCAUUGGUACUCUGAACGCCAUGUCAGAAAGGUAUCCCGACUUGGCCGUCAUUUACAUUGACGCGCACGCCGACAUCAACACGGUUGAAACGACCCCUAGCGGAAAUUUGCAUGGGAUGCCGCUUUCCUUCGUGAUUAACGAGUUGAACGCUAUUAACGCUAAUUUAACCCCUUUCUCCUGGGUUGUACCGAGAAUUCCUGCCGCCAACGUGGCUCACAUUGCCCUGCGUGACGUUGAUAUCGGGGAAACCGAGACAUUGAACCGAUUGGGGAUGGCACACUACACUAUGCGGGACGUGGACAGGCUCGGAAUUCGUGGCGUUGUUGAAAUGGUGCUCAACAGGAUUGGCGGGUGGACGAGACCGAUCUACGUUUCGAUGGAUAUUGAUUCCUUGGACGAUCUGGAGAUCGGACAUACGACUGGAACUCCAGUUCCCGGCGGGCUAUCAUUGAGAGAAGCGCUGACCAUGUUUGAAGAGCUGUACAGAACCGUGGACAUUGUUGGUUUUGAGUUGGCAGAGGUUAAUCCUGAACUAGGUGCCAGUGCUAAUGAGAUUGCAAGGACUGCCACCGUUAGUAGACACAUUUUAGCCUGUGUUUUCGGCUCGUGUUAUGGAAGAUGGCCAUGAGUCAUGCUUAAAUAUGGUGCACUUACAUACCAUGUACCAACAUACAUAAGGUGCUGAGCGAUGAGUACAAAUAUAAAUAUAGGUAAUAUGUACAUACAUACAUAUUUAAAGUUAUUUUCAAAUACAUUACUUAAAUUUUAUUGAUAACACGAAAUUUCUUGAAUAAAAAGUAAAUUAAGAUAUGCUCAACGAAGUC